CGGUCAAGAUUGUUUUGCGGUGACGGAUAUACAGGAUAUAUGCAGCAACAACUAGCUAGCUAUUUAAUCCCAGUUCCGUCCUAUCCUAUCCCAUCCCAUCCCAUCCCAUCCGUUCAAGCUGGACGCCAUGAUAUGCUAUAUGCUCCCCGGCCCCCCCGCCGUCCAUCCAUCCAGCCAUCCCACCAUCCCAUGGCACAAAAAACCCACCCACACACAUCCACACCUAGAAUGCAGUGCAACAGCGCGGUACACAGCGCGAUCCAGUCCAGUUAAAAAACGCAAAAAGCCUUUCCCUUCUUUCCCCCUUGCCCCGGCCGUAGCCUGGCGCUCUGUUUGCUAUGUUACUCAUUCCUACUCAUCCGC